UUCUACAUCUCCAAUCAUAUAACCGCAGCAAACCCCUCUCUCUCUCUUCUCCCGACAUUCUUCAUGUUUUUUCUCUCUCCAUUAAAGAUUUGAGAAAUCUACAUUUGAAGUGAUUUUUCUCGAUUGAUCAAGAAAUCGUGAAAAUUGAAUUUGACUAGCGUUGGAGGAAAUGGAGAGCUAUUUACCAGUUACAAAUGCGAAAGCAGAGAGGCGAUCGAAAUCGAAGACGGUUCAAAACACCCCCAAAUCUUCUCUUUUAAUGGGUUUCCUCUCCUGCCUUGCGUGGCUCUACGUUGCUGGCCGGCUGUGGCAAGAUGCACAGAACCGAACUCUGCUUGCUGGUUUAUUGAAGAAGAAUUCUGGUCAGCGGCCAAGGGUGCUUACCAUGGAAGACAAACUGUCGGUCCUUGGAUGCAAGGGGUUGGAGAGGAGGAUAGCCGAUGCUGAGAUGGAAUUAACAUUAGCAAAGAGCCAAGGUUUUUUAAAGAACCAGCUGCAGCAAAGUGGAGCUUCUUCUGGUAAAAAGUUACUUGCUGUUAUUGGUGUUUAUACUGGUUUUGGUGGUCGGUUGCGACGCAACAUCAUUAGGGGGUCUUGGAUGUCACGGUCUGAUGUUUUAAAAAAUCUGGAAGAAAGAGGAAUCGUCGUGCGAUUUGUGAUCGGAAGGAGCCCUAACCGCGGUGAUAGCUUGGACCGUGGUAUUGCAGAGGAAAAUCGUGCAAAUGAAGACAUUCUGAUACUUGAUCAUCAUGAGGAGGCCCAGGAGGAAAUGCCCAAGAAAGUGAAAUUCUUCUUCAGCGCGGCCGUCCAGAUGUGGGAUGCAGACUUUUACAUAAAAGUUGACGACAAUGUUGAUUUGAAUUUUGAUGGCCUUACUGAGCUUCUCCGAAGCCAUCGUGAUAAAGAAAGUGCUUAUAUCGGCUGCAUGAAGUCUGGAGAUGUAGUAGUCGAAGAGGGAAAAACAUGGUACGAACCAGAAUGGUGGAAGUUUGGUGAUCAGAAAUCAUACUUCCGCCACGCUGCUGGUUCUAUUUUCAUACUCUCAAAAAAUUUGGCGCAGUACGUGCAUAUAAACAGUGCAUCAUUGAAGGCGUAUGCUCAUGACGAUGUUUCUGUGGGGUCGUGGAUGAUGGGUGUUAACACGACAUACAUAGAUGAAAGCCGUCUGUGCUGUAGUUACUCAGGGCAAGACAAGUUUUGCACGUUGGCUUGAGAAGGAUUUAGGGAGAUGCUGGAUUAGCUAGAGAUGAGAGAUCAUUCACCAUUCAUUUUUUUUACUGGUAAAUUGGCAUUACUUACAGAGAAAGAUGAGAUUUAGAGGAAACUUUUUUUCUUGUUGUCAUGCCCCUCUGUGCAUUUUUCUAGUUAAUGUUUUUGGCUCCUGCUUGUAUUUACAAAGGCCAUUGUGAAUUGGGAUAGAGAAAUAUGCAUGACUUGGAUUCUUA